UCCGCUCUCCACUCGGCACAGUCCACACACCGACUGUCUGCACCUCUCCACUCCACUUUACUCUUUCCCUUCUCUCUUGAUUCCUGAACCUAACCCAAAACUCCGAUCAUCCUCUUGAAACAGAUUCUCAUUUUCUUCUGCAAAGGGUUUCAGAUUGGAACAGCAUAGAUGAGAUCUGGAGCUGCAAGCUUCCUCAAGGUGGUCGCUCAGAACUUCGACGUUCUCGCCGGGCCUGUGGUUAGUCUUGUCUAUCCCCUGUACGCUUCAAUCAGGGCAAUUGAGACCAAGUCCCCUGAAGAUGAUCGGCAAUGGCUUACUUACUGGAUCUUGUACUCUAUGAUGACCCUUUUCGAGCUCACGUUUGCCAAACUCAUUGAAUGGAUUCCAAUUUGGUCAUAUGCAAAGCUGAUUGCAACUUGUUGGCUGGUUAUACCAUACUUCAGCGGUGCCGCAUAUGUUUAUGAGCAUUAUGUCCGGCCUUUCUAUGUUAAUCCACGUCAGACUGUUAACAUUUGGUACAUUCCAAGGAAGAAAGACAUCUUCAGCAGAUCAGAUGACAUUCUAACUGCUGCCGAGAAAUAUAUAGAAGAAAAUGGCCCAGAAGCAUUCGAGAAGCUCAUCCACAAGGCCGACAGGGAAUCGAAGUCCAGGAGUAGCAGCAACAUGUUUUAUGAUGAUGACCACGGAUACUGAGAUUUGUAAAUCAUAGCAUGUUUUUUCACUGCUGACCAGUUUAUCCAAGGAAAAACCUUUCUCCUUCUGUUGGUAGCGUCUUUGUGGUGGGCAUCGUAUUUACUAUAUGUAAUCUUCGUGGCCUUAUUACUGUCUCCUUGUGUGAUGGCUUGUAAUUAUUAUUAGCUGCUUUUGCCUUAUCUGAGAGUCAAGUAUCAAAGCACUAGUGAGCACAAUGCACUAUUUCGAUUUGCGACAA